AUGCGGAUUAUGGGAUGGCAAGAAGGUAAAGGACUUGGAAAGCGAGAACAUGGGGAAGUUGAACCGGUUUCUGUCAGACAAAAAGUUGGGAGAACGGCUCUCGGUUUUGAUUCUAAAUCUUCAAAGACGCCAACUUGGUUGGUUUGUUCAGAGGAAAAUAGAAAUCUUUUACUCAACAAUUUGAAUGAUGAAUGGAUUAUUGUUGGAAAGCCAAAAAUGCGUAUCGAUGACGAAGACCGUUAUUGUUCACAAGAAUUAUUAACUCAAUUAUUGGAAUCAAAAGAUUUCUUUGAUACUGUUGACCACAGAGUUCUAGAUGCUGCCCGUGCCAGAGCAAAUCCAUACGAAACAAUUAAAGCAGGAUUUUUCCAAAAUAGAGCAGCAAUGAAAAUGGCAAAUUUGGAUAAAAUAUUUGGUUGGCGACUUAGUUGGGAAUUUGUGGACAAAUCCAGGCUUGCGAAGAAUCCAUUGGAAAAAGAAAAACAACGAGAAAAUGUUGAUAGACAACGUUCUCUUUUCUAUUUUGCUGAUGUCUGUGCUGGUCCUGGUGGUUUUAGUGAAUAUAUGCUUUGGAGAAAAGGUUAUUACAAUUCUAAAGGUUUUGGAUUUACAUUGACAGGUCGUGAUGAUUUUAAAUUGGAAAGAUUUGAAGCAGCAUCUUCAGAAUAUUUUGAACCUUAUUAUGGAAUUAAAGAAGAUGGAAAUGUUACAGAUCCAGAAAAUUUGGAAUCUUUAAAUCAAUUUUUUGAUGAAAGAAUACAUUCAACCGAAAAGGGUGUUCAUUUUGUAAUGUGUGAUGGAGGUUUUUCUGUUCAAGGCCAAGAAAAUAUUCAGGAAAUUCUUUCUAAACGUUUAUAUCUUUGUCAAUUUAUUACAGGCCUUUCAUUAUGUCGUGUUGGGAUAAAAACAGAAACAGGGGAAAUUCAAGGAGGAAAUUUUUUGUGUAAACUUUUUGAUAUUUUUACGCCUUUCUCUAUGGGAUUAAUUUAUUUAAUGUAUGUUUCUUUUGAUAAAAUAUCAAUUCACAAACCAAUAACUUCAAGACCAGCAAAUUCUGAAAGUUUUGAUAAAGAAGUAGAAGAUAUACUUGAAUUGGUACCUAAUGAAAUAAUUUGUGGAGAUGAUACUUUUAUAAAUUAUAUGAGAAAUAGCUGUGAAGAGAUUGCGAGAAGACAAAUUUUUUAUUUACGUAAAUACAGAAAAUAUGCAAGUGAACCGGGGGUUAUUGAUGGAGAUCAAGAAAAAUUAAGAGAAGAGGCACUUAAAUAUUGGGAAUUACCUGAUUUUAUUGAAAGAACGCGUAUACAAUUUAGAAAGAAUGGAAAGUUUGUAAAAGAUCAACAUUUAAAUCAAAAUAAUAGAGAACCUGCUUCUGUGACUAUUCGAAGAUUUGCUGGAAAUCAAUUACAAUUCCCAAUAAAACGGCGUUUGGCACCAUUCACUCCAAAUGAACCUCGAAUUUGUCCUGAUAUUAAUGAGCUCCGUGCUUUACUUUUAACAGAAUCUGACGAUCCAAUAUUGCUUGUUUCCCAGGGCCAAACUUCAGAUUCUAACGGUCUUUUUUGUCAACGUUUAAAUGCUUUGAAUGUUACAAAUGCAGAAAUUUUUUAUUGUACAAUUCCGAAAGAUACAAUUUUGCUUGUACAAAUUACAAAAAUUUAUCAAUUUGAUUCUGAACAAAUAAAAUCAACAAAUUCUUGUAUUUGGGUUUUGGAUGGGGCUGUUUUAAAUGGUGAUGAUAUUAGCCAAUUAAAUUUACAAGAUAGAUUAAAAGCAACAAAAAAAUUUUGUGAAGCAAUUAAUAAAAGAUAUUUUAGAGGAAUUGAUAGACAACAAAAAAGAAAUUGGGGAAGAUCUUUUGUUAGGCCUUCUGUUAAUAAAUUUCCUGAAUUAAUUGUUGCAGAUGCUAUUAAAUUAGAUGAAUUGUCUCAAAAACAUUUUGAAAUUAAAGAUAUUAAAGGAAAAAGUGCAUUUUUCCCUGUUUGGGCAGCCGAUGAUCAAAGGGAUUUACCUCCAAAAAAUCAUUAUUUGCCUUGUCGUGGUGUUAGAAUUCAAAAUAUAUUAAAUCCAAAUUUUAUGCUUAAAAGCCGCACAGAUAAGAAUGGACAAAAAUUGGAAUUUCCAAUUCCUCGAGUUACAAAUCAAUCAUUUAAUCAAAAUCCUUAUUCAACAUUUUAUGAUUCUUUAAUUGGAUUUAUACCUAAUGAAUUUUGGAUUCAAACAUUUCCAAUGGGACAUCCACAUAAUGGGGCAAUUACAUUUAGAUGGAGUUGGGAAACUGAUUUUAACGUUGGAUUUGGAGUGGAGAAUAUAAUUAACGAUAAUGAACACAAAGGGGGACUUACAUUAAAACAUUUGAAAAGAAUAAUAAAUGAACGUCAACAAACAAAACAAGAAUUAAUAUUAUAA